GAAAAAUAUUUCCAAAUGGCUUCAUCCAGUAAGAAACUUAAGGAAUCUGAACUGUCAACCUACUUAGAUGAGUUGUCAGACUCAGACUUACUUAGUGAGUCUGACAGCGAUAGUCUAAGUUCAGAAGAAGCUGAAGAACCUUCAACCUCCGCUAGACCCUCCUCUCCUCAGGUUUCUCCUGAUUCUGAUGAUGAGUUGGAAGAUGAGGUGUACCUUAAAGUUCUGCCACCAGAACAAUCUCUCUCUGCUCCUUUCACUUUCCUAGAACAAUCUGGCCCCAAGCACAUGCCUCCUUCUGAUUCUCACCCUAUAGAAUAUUUUAACCUUUUUUUCACUGUUUCUUUACUUUCUCUUAUGGCAACAGAAACAAACAGGUAUGCCAAGCAAGUCAUAAAUAGCAUGGGGAAAGUGCCCAGAUAUCUGAAAAAGUGGAAACCAGUUACGAUUAAAGAAAUAAAGGGGUUUUUGGCUUUUCUUUUUGCAAUGGGACUUGAUAAAAAAUCUACUAUCGCGGAUUACUGGUCCACUCUUCCUCCCUAUAACAACCCAUGGUAUGGGGAAUUGUUUAGUAGGCACCGCUUUUGUCACUUGCUACGAUUCUUCCAUCUCGUAGAUAAAAGUAAGUUGCCUGGCCCAGGGGAAUUAGGUUACGAUCCUUGUGCACGCUAUCAACCUUUGGAGGAUCAUGCAAAUAAGGUGUUCCGACAACAUUAUACUCCUCACCAAGAAAUAUGUGUCGAUGAAUCAUUGGUAGGUACCAAGAUUCAUAGCAAAAUCCUUCAGUAUCAGCCCAACAAAAAACAUCAUAAAUGGGGAAUCAAACUUUGGAUGCUGUGUGACUCUGUUUCUCACUAUUGCCUGGGAUUUUUCACGUACAAAGGGGCCAAAUUCCAGGCGGAGAAGCACAGAAACUCAAAGUUUGGUUUGGGAUAUACUGUUGUGAGGCGGCUAUUGAAACUUGGAAACUAUGACCACAAGGGGUACCAUGUUUUCGUUGACAACUAUUUUAUGUCGACACCCCUUAUUCGCAGCCUAUAUUCCCGUAGUACUUACUGCACUGGGACAGUGCGAAAAAGCAAAAAAAAAAUGUUGCCACAUUUCAAAAACAAAUUUGCUGUAGGCCAGAUCAUGUAUUUCAGGUCUGGUCCUAUAUUGGCAUGUGGCUUCCGGGAACGAAAAUCACAACCAAAACCUGUUUUUCUUUUAUCCAGCCACGCAAGGGCACACAACAAUGAAAUUGUUAGGCGCGGGGUGGCUAAAUUUAAGCCACAAGUAGUUUUAUCUUAUAACAAAUUUAUGGGGGGAGUUGAUACACAUGAUAUGAUGUUAUAUACGUAUUUGGAUGAAAGGAGGACCAAGAAAUAUUGGAAGAAAGUAGCUUUCAACAUCAUAGCCAGGAUGAUGUUGAAUGCCUACUUACUUUACAAAGAAAAUUCCAGAAGCCGGGCCAAAAUUAUGACACACAAACGUUUCUACCAGGAGAUAAUUGGAAGCCUGGGGAGAGAAUGGAGGGAGGAGGCAAGGGAAGCUAAAAACCCCACAGAUCCCCAAGGUCCCACAGAUCCGCGAGGACCAAUAGGACUUCGAAAAUUACCUGGCAGAUCACAAUACCGUUGUGUCGUGUGCAGCACUCCAAACAACAGAAAAACAUCAACAAGAGUCUGCACACGAUGUGGGAAAGGCGUUCAUGCUGAUUGUCUUGUAAAACAUCAUUGCUAGCAUGAAAGAUUUGGUCACCUUACAGAUCUGCUUUCUCCAUCUUGUACAUAUUUUUAUUUAUUUAUUGUUUUGUUAUUUAUUUACAUUAUUAACAAAUAAUAAUUAUAA